AUGGCACCCGUACGCUUGCGCCAUCCCAAGGGCGUCACCACCAUCCAGGUCGACCUCGCCAGCGCAACAGUCCAGGACCUCCAGCAAGCCAUCUUUGCAGCCACAGAAAUCCCGCCCUCACAGCAAGAGUUAAAAGCAGGCUACCCACCGCACCCUCUUACGCUCAUCCCGGAGCUCCCUAUCGAGAGCCUCGGCCUCAAGCAGGGCGAGCAGCUGGUCGUGACCCAGCGCUCGUCCGCCGGGCUCACGCACGGGUCCGCGCAACCGCCCCGCGCCGCCGCCCCCACUGCAGCCCCGGCCUCCAUAGGGUCAAGUCCCGCCGCGGCGAUGACGGGCAUGACCGCGUCGCAGGUCCGCUCGCCCGCGCCGGUGUCACGACCGAGCAAAAAGGGCGACGGGCCGGAGAACGUGCUCACGAGCAACGGGUACCUCGUCCACCGGGUCGUGCCGGACGAUAAUUCGUGCCUGUUCUCGUCGAUUGCGCUUGUGUUCGAGCAGGAUAUGAGCAAGGCCCAGAGCAUCCGGAAGAUCGUUGCGGACGCGAUCCGGAAAGACCCCGUAAAAUGGGACGAAGCCAUCCUUGGUCGCCCGCGCGAAGAGUACAUCGAGACCAUCCAAAAGCCGAACGCCUGGGGCGGCGCCAUCGAGCUCUCCAUCCUCGCCGCACACUACAGCACAGAGAUCGCGUCCGUCGACGUCGAGACCGGCCGCGUCGACCGCUUCUCCCCGCCCCCAGAGCGCGACUCGGGCAACCGCGCGAUCGUGAUUUACUCGGGCAUCCACUACGACGCGGUCACCGCGGCGCCGAUGCUCGACGCCCCGGACGAGUUCCACCAGACCAUCAUGAGCCGCGGCGGCGGCGCGGGGGGCGGCGCGGUCGAGGACGGGGACGACGACGAGAUGCUGCAGGCAGCGAAGAAGCUCGCGGGGGCGCUGAGGGCGAAGAGGGCGUACACGAACACGGCGACGUUUGAGCUCAAGUGUCAGAUAUGCCAGAAGGGCCUGAAGGGCGAGAAGGAAGCCCGGGCGCACGCGUCGGAGACCGGUCACGUCGAGUUCGGAGAGUACUAGCACUCAGGAACGGACGGAGGCUGUCUCGCUCGGGUUCCUGGAGGCGGUAUAGAGCCGCAAGACCCGAGUCGGAGACGAGGCUUGGAGUUGGGUUUGGGAAGUCGCAGAAGGUGGUCCGGAUUGUUACCUAUCUUGGAAUUGGCGCACUGCGCGCCGCUGUACCAUCUUGUACGAUCGCCCAGUAUAAAAACACGGAUGUACUUGAACG